CUCCUCUAUUAUUAAGAGCAGACUGAGAAAUUUGAAUCGAAGAAGCAAAUCGCAAUAACCAAAAAAUGUCAGGAGUUUACGAUAACCAAGCUGAUAUCUACUUAGACGCACGCCCUACUUAUCCCUCCGAUUGGUACUCCAAGCUCGCCGCUCUCUCUCACCGUCACAAUCUCGCCUGGGACGCCGGAACCGGAAACGGCCAAGCCGCCAUUGGCAUCGCGGAACACUAUGAUAGAGUAGUCGCGACGGACGUGAGCGAGACGAUGUUAAAUCUCGGGAAACCGCAUCCGAAAGUAACUUACCACCAUACGCCGUCGUCGAUGACGGAGGACGAGAUGGUGAAUCUGAUCGGGGGAGGAGAGAGCUCUGUUGAUCUGAUAACUGUAGCUACCGCCGUACACUGGUUCGAUCUUCCGAGAUUCUACGCCGUCGCGAAUCGUCUCCUACGUAAACCAGGAGGAAUCAUCGCCGUGUGGAGCUACAACAAUGACAUGGUGGUGAGUCCCGAGUUCGACUCGUUGAUGGCUCGGUUCAACGCUGAAACGCUGCCGUAUUUUAAAUUCUCAGAGAGUCAGUAUUUUUUGGACGGGUAUAAAACGCUACCGUUUCCGUUCGAGAGCGUGGGUUUGGGCUCUGAGGGAAAGCCCAUUGAGCUGGAGAUGAAGAAAACGAUGUCGUUCGAAGGACUCUUGCGGAUUCUGAGAUCGUGGUCUGCCGUUGGUGCUGCCAAGGAGAAAGGAGUAGAUUUGUUGUCGGAUAAUAUAGUGAAAGAGCUUGAGACGGCUUGGGGUGGUUCUGAGCUGGUUCGAACCAUUGUGUACAAGACGUUCAUGCUCGCAGGAACCGUUCGUUAGAAUCUCUAGCGUCUUCUAAAAUUGGGAUGGCUAAUGAUAAAAUUUAAACCUUAUGAAGUUACCAAAAAUAAAUAAAAAUAGAAAGAUUAAGUUUAUUUUACCUUUUGUUCAUUUGAUACAACCAGGGCCGGCUCAAAAAUUUAUUGGGCCUGGUGCUAAAAUAAUUUUUUUUGGAAAAAUUGUAGGCUAAAUAUGUAACAUUUCUAAGAUUUGAACCUUUUUUUAAUAAUUAUU